UGGGCUCCAGGUCGCUUUCGGUCGGUUAGCGCCUUGCUUCCAUGUUGCACUGUUCCAGUCUUCGAUUCGAAGAGCUCUGGACGGCGGCAAGGCGGCGAUGGCACCAGAAAAGUCGACUGACGACUUGGAAGAUAAGCCUCCGACGGGUGGCUACGCCAAGACGUCGAUGAUCGUCCGGAUCGAGCUCCCAGCGCUCUCCAAAGCGGUCCAGGUGCAUUUUGCCCUGGAGCCCUCGAAGUCCAAGCGCGUCCUGGACGGCCUGAGCGACUUCGUGCGCGAUAUCCCGCGGAAGUGGAAUGACGAGCUGCUCGAUUUCGACCCAGACAGCUCCGAGAAGCAGCUGGAUAGUUUUCGACAAGGCGCAUUGGCGGAUCUGGAUUCGUGGAACACGAAGGUGAAGGCCGCUGAGGAGUGGAAAAGGAAGGUCGACAAUGCUGCGGCGAACAUGAACAAGAUGCGCGACGCUUACUACAGGGAGACUGUU